AUGGUUGCGCUGAACCUCACUGUGCCGUUAGCGGUGGACUUCAGUAGCGCCGCUGACUACUUCAUUUUUUUAAUCAAUCUACUAGUUUGUACGAGUUCUUUUCUAGUGGCUGGCUCGGUUGUGUUGGGUAUUCUUAAUAAAAAGUCACUACGAGCACAAAAUCGCUUUAUUUUCAUGCUGAACACCAGCAUAAGUGACACACUGACCGGGUUAGGUGGUUACUACACCGGUCUGUUUGAUGUGUACGAGAGCUAUCCGCCAAGGAACGGUACCUAUUUAAUAGUGCCUUCGCUACGGGGUGUCAAUAUUUGGACCAUCAUGUUUGCACAGCUGGACCGAUUCCUUGCUGUAGCUUAUCCUUAUACUUACAAUCGGUAUGUAACUAGGAAUGUAGUUAUAGGAAUUUGCGUUUUCUGUUGGGCUUAUACUUACUUGUUCAUAACAAUUCAAUACCACAUUACAAUUGAACAGUCUACAAGAAUGUAUGCAUAUGCAACUCUAUCUUUUCAAGUGAUAGUAACCGCAAAAGUGGCUCUUACCAUAAAACUCUAUCUCAUUGCUAAAUACCAGAUUGCUCGUGAGCCGCCGGGUCCAGAGAGAGACAGCAAGAAAGAGUCCCUGAGACUCAUUAUCGUGGUGGUAGUCUGCUUCCUGACGCUCUGGUCUCCUCAGCUGUACUAUAUUAUCGUGGUUCACGCCACCGGGUCACGAUAUAUGUUCAGGAACAACGCCAAUGAUCCGCUUGGCCUGCUGGUAAGGUUCACUGCAACCAGCACCCCCGGACUGUACAUCUGGGGGAGCCCCGCUCUCAAGGAGUCUGUGCUGAAGACGGUGUGGGGGAGAGUCUGUCCACUACUGAGGAGAAGGUAG